CUUUUUCUAUCCAAAUAAAUUAAUCUAGCCCUUGGAUCUGAUAUGGCUGGCCGAUCUAUUCCGAGGCAUUCGUAAGAUAAAAAAAAAGUGUAUGAUUAUAUGUAGUUGGCUUUAAUCAUUGACUUGAACUGCAACACUCCACCAAUCACGUCCUUUUCAUUUCAUCAUUCUAUUGGUUUUCUUCCUCUACAACUUACUACUUACUAGUUACACCAUGGUUACCAUGGCUAGUACCAUGAACAAACAUAACCUCCUGCUGCUACUUUGUGCCGGGAUACUCACCGUAAACAUCCUCUCCGGUGCUGCUGUGGCUUAUGGUAAUGGCAAAAUCUUUGAUAUAACACACAAAAUCACCUCUGAGUUGCCAACCUUUGACUCCCAAAAGGGGCUUGGUCAGUUCAUUUGGCUUGUUUCCAGCAUUAGAAAUGGCUCCAUAGCAAAUGUUUCUCAGUUUAAGCUGGGAACCCACACUGGCACUCACGUCGAUGCGCCCAGCCAUUUCUUCCAGAAGUACUAUGAGGAGGGGUUUGAUGUUACCACUCUUAGCCUGCAAACGCUUAACGGUCCUGCUCUAGUAGUUGAUGUUCCAAGAGAAAAGAACAUUACUGCUGAAGUUAUGAAGUCCUUGAAUAUUCCCAGGGGAGUACAUCGUGUGCUUUUCAGAACACUUAACACUGACAGGGGGCUGAUGCACAAAAAGGAGUUUGCUUCAAACUUCACAGGAUUUAGGAAGGAUGGGGCACAGUGGUUGGUUGAUAACACAGACAUCAAACUUGUGGGACUUGAUUACCUAUCUGUUUCUGCUUAUGUUGAUGCUGCCCCAACUCAUCAUAUAUUUCUAAAGAAAAGGGAAAUUGUUCUUGUUGAAGGUCUGAACCUCGAUGGCAUCCAGCCAGGGAAGUAUACUGUCCAUUGCCUACCUCUGAGGAUGGUCGGUGCAGAUGGAUGCCCAACAAGAUGCAUUCUCACUGCAUAACAACAUUUCUUCAAGAGAGUAGGAAAGGCUACUCUUGACAGGUUGGUUGAUAGUGUCAAAUAAACGCCUUUGGGGGGUGGGAGUGGUUGUAGAAUAAAAACUUCCUGAGCUCAUUGUUCAUUCUGAAUAUCGAGGAAUCUAUACUUUGUAUCCUCUUUGACAUUCAAUACAAAUUCUCUUCAGAUUGUUGUUAAAAUGUAAUGAGACAGGAUAAGCCUUGUGCUUCUUCGUUAUCACACUUGCAUCCAAAGGGAAUGAUUUCUGA